AGACGUGGAAACAUGUUUAGGUGAUAAACGCGAACACACAGUCACUACGGUCGUACUAAUCCACUUAUUAAGCAGCAUACUAAGUCGUGGAACGAUAGAUACUUUUUCAGUACUAGUACUACUGCACUCAUUGGCGUUUUUAAUACACAAAUCCAUUCAAGCUCAUAUGGCUGGCCGGCUAUAUCUUUAUAUACAUUUCGAAUGCGUAUUUAGCCGUUACAGCUUUGGUCUUGGCUGCCUUCUAGUUUUUUAGUAUUACCGGAAACUUGAAGGUUUGUGCAUCGUCUGCAGAUACAUCCUCGGGAGAAAGUCGAACUCGGUCUAGUAAAUAAAUUAUAAUUUUCAGUUUUAUUCGUUCGAUCAACCCCCUUUGAAUCGAUAACCUAAUUUCUGUUGUGAGUGGGUGAAGUGGUGACAAAUAUCAAAAAAAUUUUCAGAAGAAAAAAAGAAAAGUGGACAGUGUUGGGCACGUCGAUAAGCCACAAAGUUUUCAUUCGAAAUCUUUUCGUGAAUUGUUCAAGAAAACAGUCGGAGGGAACCAGAAUUUAGACCUGAUAUCACUAAGGUCGGAGGUUUCAUCACCCCAGACACCAAAAAGUUCAUUAAAGUGCAUUAAAAUUGUUUCUUAUCAAAUAAAAUCGUCCCCAAAGUGAAAAGUGUUUAAAUGUGAAAAAAAUGUUAUCUGUGGUUUGAUAAAUCAGAUCAAAGUGAAGAAAAAGUGAAAAGUGUAUAAAUAGCGGAUAAUUAUUUCCAACGAAUCCUCAACAGGCAUAAAAAGCCAGGAAAAUCCCAAGGAAAAAUGGCAACGGCACAACAACGACGAGCAUCUUUUGCCCGACGUGCAGAAAGCUUGAUUGAGAGGGUGAGAGUUUUGAACACGAUAUACGAGAAAUAUGUGAUAAAUACGGAUACCCAUGGUGAACUUCACGUUACCGUACAAGGUGAUCUAUCACAGCAGGACAAACGAGCAGUAUUUAUGACCGUACACGAUUUAGGAUGCAAUCACCACUCAUUUUUGGAAUUCGUCAAUAGUCCGUGUAUGGUUGAAAUCAAGGAGCGUUCAUGUUUUAUACAUGUCGAUGUUCCAGGACAUGAAGAUGGCGCUGCAGCCUUACCUGACACGUAUCAAUUUCCAUCACUUCAAUCAUUGGGUGAGGAUCUUGUUACCGUUCUUGAUUUUCUCCAUGUUAAAUACGUAUUGGGUUUGGGUGAGGGAGCUGGUGCUAAUGUUUUAGCUCGAUUUGGCCUAGCACAUCCAACACGUUGCCUUGGAUUGAUAUUAAUCAAUGUUACAGGCAGCACGGCUUCAGUUUUGGAUUCAUUUAAGAAUAAAUUCAUAAGCUGGAAAGGCAAUGAAGUUGCACAAUCUGCCGAAGAUUUUUUGAUGUAUCACAAAUUUGGGCAUAUCUUGGAGCAACUGGUCGGUGAUAAUCCAGACAAAGAGAAAAUCGUUGCCGAGUAUCAGAAUCGUUUACGUGGCGCCCUUAAUAGCAAGAAUGUUGGAUUAUAUGUGAAAUCGUUCAUGAGCCGAAAAGAUCUUCCACUAAAAUCCUGUAAACUAGACAUUCUACUUAUAACUGGUAUGCUUAGUCCAUACUCAACUGUCGUAGAGAAACUUCAUCACAAUUUGGACAAGGAAAAAGUAACCAUGUUGAAAAUUGAACGAGCUGGAGAUGUUUUGGCCGAUGCGCCUGCCAAAGUAGCACAAUCAAUUCUACUUUUCUGUAAAGGACAAGGUCUUCUAACAUCCGUAAUAAUGCCUGGUGUUGAUCGUUCACGAGCCUUCUCAACAAGUUCCGGUGGAUCAACAGAGUCUCCAACAUCAGGACGACGAUUGUCGCGGGGUAUGUCAAUGGAAGACUAUGACAAGCCAAAUAUCAGGCGGCUCAGUAUCACAGCAAACUCAGAAUCACCGAACAAGGUAAAGUAAAAAGAUGGAAAAUAAGCAACUGUUAAUCUGUUGAUAUUGUUCACAUGGAAAUAAUAAAUUUAAAAAAAAAUUAAUAAAUAAACAAAUACCAAAUAAAUACAAAGCAAAAAAAUAUAUGCUAAGAAAAAUGAUUAUGUAAAUUAUAGAGGGUUUUUUUAAAGCUAUUAAUACCUGCAUAAUAUUCCUUUAAAAAAAAAGUAGAGUCACUAUUUAAACAACAACAAAGAAGCGAAAGUGUUAUUAAAACUUUUUAGAUGAAUAUAUAUAUAUAUAUAUAUUAUACGAGAAUUGAAAUAAAUAUUUAUAAAAAGUAUAGAAGAUUGUUUUUUGCAUGAUUACCAUUUUUAACAAUGCGAUGAUGACCACCUUUCACACAUUCAUAUAUACAUAAUACAUUCAACAACGAUCUAGAUUGGAGAAGUCGAUAUUGUAUUUUGUUGCAUUAAAUCUGUACUGAUUCAAAAAUUAGAUUAACAUUUUGAUUUGUAUUUGUUGUAGACAUAAAACGAAGCUAAUUUUUCUGCCAAAAUGAAUAGAAAAACAGACUUUUGAUUGGAUUUUUCUAUAAAUCUUAAUGGCCAAUGAUCAUUAUUUGUACCCUUGCAUGUUUCUGCAGAAGUGAUAAUUGUAUCUUACUUGAAUAUAAAUGACAAACAGUAUUGACUGAAACGAUUUAGAUUCAUAUUUUUUUCUAUACCACAAAGAAACUACAUUUUUUAUAAUGAUCUUAUAUAUAUAUAUACGCGCUCGUAAUAUACAUAUAACUUAGAAAAUCCAUAACUGACUUUCAUAAACUGAGGGAAAUAAACUUUUAGUAUUUUCAUAAAACACCUUGAAAACAUAAAGACAACAAACAUGAAUCAGUACAAUCAACUUAAUAACAUAUCCUUGUACCCUUGCUAUCAAGUAAUGGCCAAAUGCAUAUAGAGACAGAUGAAUUAUAUAUUGUUAUUGUUAUUUUGAAAAAUAAGGUCCAUAUGAGCCUCAACAGAAAACCAUUUGUUGCUACAAUAUAUUAUGGUUUUCAAAAGGAAGAGAAGUAGCAUUUCCUGCUCGUAAUUGAAAAAGCUUACCGGACUUAAUGACGAAAAAUGUAGUGGUUUAUUCAUGCAACUUUUUCAUUAAGAAUUGAAUAAAAUAAAUCAUAAAUAUUAGCACAAAAACUUUAAAUUUAGCUGCCUAAAAUUGUAGUGCGCUCGGCGAUGUAUGGGUGAUGUAUGAAAAUUGGUUUUUAUUAAUUGGAUUGGAGUGGAAGAAGAGGGAUUAUAACCAUAUGUUUAGUUGUUAAAUUUCAGUCAUUAACGUCCCUUUUAAGAUAUAUUUUAAAAUGAUAUUGAGACCACCAGAUUUAAGGGUAAUAUUUAACAUCAGGCUUUAACUAUUUACUAUUCUAUCCAGUUGUGGGCAGAAAAUAGUACCAUUUACUUGUAACUUCAAGAAAAUUCACUGCCAUGCAAUUAUUAGAUGAAUAUUCAUGAGUGAAAUAAGGGAAAAUCAUGUUGGCCGCUAUAAUUUUAGUUUUUUGAGUUGCCCAGAUGGUAAUGAAAAAAAAACAAAUCAACUCAAAAAAAGUGAAAAUUUGAAUGAAUUUCAGUUUACUUUCAUUCCCAUCCAAUUAGUAAAAUCAACAGCAGCCAUAUAACUUAGCCGAAGUAGUUCAAAAUCUUAUUUAAAAAUAAAAUAAAAUAAAAGUACUAUUAAAUUGUAUUUAAUAUAAUUUGCUAGGAUAUCAUAAUAGAUAUUCAUUCUACUACUCACCAGGCGUUUUGCUGAAAAAUUAAACAAAAGAAAAAUAUUAACAAAAAAUGUUCAUUAGAUUUAUUUUAUAAUAAUUUUCUUAAGAAUAUAAAUGGCCUUAAAGCCCAUAUAAUUGCUAGCUAUAUAGUUCCAUAAAAUAAUUUAUAACCGACCCAAUAAUUGCUACGUUGCCAUAUAUGUACGUAUAUUUUAAUGAAAGAACUUGGAAUAUUUUAUUAACAAAUCGAGUUAUUUUUAAAAUUUAUUGGUUAUGAAAUAGAAUGAGUACCAUUUCUAAUAAAUAUUUAUAUUUUACUAAUACUUUUCUUCAAUACAGUAAUAAUUCUAGAAUUCUACUGAAGUUCAAUAAAUUUUAUUGAGGAUUUAAGCGAUUAAUAUAAUACGCAUGUUGAAAAGUAGAUUGAUAAUAUUAGAGAACCAAAAGAAAAGUUCAAUUUUAAUAAGAGAAUGAAAGGCGAUGACAAAAUUUAACAAUGUCUACUAAAGAAAAGUAACAAGUACAAUUGUAAUUUUUCUUAUAAAUAUAUUGAUGAGAAGAAAAAAAAAACAGAAAAAAUUAACAUCAAUUAUUAUCAAAGAGGAGUACUCAACUAAUAUAAAUAAUAUAAAAAAAAUCAUUUAUUUUCAUUAAAAAAGAGAAUAACCACAAACGAUUUUAAACAAUCUUCAUUUCCCACCCACAGUUUUGACAAGUUAAAUCAAUAUUAAAACUUCACUAAAUGUCAGGAAAUUUUCAGAAAAUCAUUUUAUAAUAAAUCAUGAGUAGAAAAUGAUAAAAGAUAUAAAAAGUUGUCUAGUAUACAACCAAUAGUUUGUAGAAGAUACACACCAAAGAAGAUAAAUAUUACAAAUCGAAAAACUCGUAAAUAAAAAUUCAUCGAAUAUCUGAGAUAGUAGAUAUAAAUCUUUGAGAAUAAAAAAAAACAUCAAAUGAACUUAAGAAGAAAAUAAAGAAGUAAAAGAAGGAGAAGAUUGCAUAUGUAAGAUGCAAAAGGGACAAAAGAAAAUAUAUUGUCAUAAAAAGAUGUAACAGUUGAAGUGAAUAACAUUUUGUUUGGAAUGCAAUAAAAGCUAAAGUGCUAGUUGAAUGAA